AUGCUUGAUGGCACAUCUAAUAUGUUUGAAGAAUCUGAUUGGGGUAGUUGUGUUUCAUCUGAUGCUUCUGAAGAAAAUGGUACUGAUAGUGAUGAGGAGUUUGAGUGUAGAGACGUCACUGAUUCAACUGAUGAUGAUGUGCUAGCUGAUAUGUCAUUGGAAAAUGAUACUGAUGUUGAUAUGGAGUGUAAAUCUGAUGAUGAAACUGAUGGAUAA